AUGCUCAAAGCUGAAAUUCGGGAGUUCAUAACUCCUUCAAAAUGUGAAACUUUGGACGAGAUCAUUGAUUUAGCAAGGGAUAGGGAAAUCGAGAUAAAGAGGCAAGAUGAACGUGGGGAGAAAAGGCAAGCCGAGAAGGGGUCAACUCAAAGCUCAUCUAAGAAACCCAAAACGCAUGAUCAAGGAAAGAAGGAAGCUUCCAAAGGCGGGUUCCCACGAUGCAAAACAUGUGGAAAACCCCAUUCCGGUGAGUGCUUAUUGGGAAGGAAGGGGUGUUACAAUUGCGGGCAAGAAGGGCAUCCGUACUAUAACUGUCCGAAUCCCAAAAGGGUGUGCUACAACUGCAAUGAAUCGGGCCAUGUGAAAGCCGAUUGCCCAAAGCUCAAACAAGGGCCGAAGAAAGAAGGAAAGAAAGAAGAAACUGCGAAAGCGAAAGGAAGAAUGUUUCAAAUCUCCGCGGAAGAAGCAAGAGCUCACCCGAAUGUGGUCUCAGGAGUAAAAGAAGAAGACACAAGCCAUUCCGGAUCACAAUCAAAACACGACAAAGGUAAAGCGACUUGUUAGAUGUCGUCACUUGGAUCGAACACACCCAUGAUGCACGCUUCCGCAAGAAUAUUAGCUUGGGUCAAAACUUUUGUUAAAUGUACUUUUUGGUAAAAUGGAUCUUUUGUAAGUAACAAAACUUGGUUGUUGUUAGUUGUCGAACUCGUAGUCGAAGACAAUGUUAGAUGUUUAUGAAAUGUUGGGUUGUAAGUUAUUUU